AUGGGUAAAGCUGGCAAAGGUACUGGGUCAUUCGGAAAAAGAAAUGGAAAAAGUCACUUUCUUUGUAUAAGAUGUGGAAAAAGAAGUUAUCAUUUACAAAAAAAAAAAUGCGCAUCUUGUGGAUAUCCAAGUGCUAAAAAAAGAAGAUUCAAUUGGUCAGUAAAAGCUAAAAGAAGAAAUACCACUGGAACAGGUAGAUGUAGAUAUAUUAAAACAUUAAGAAGAAAAUUAAAAAAUAAUUUUACUGAAGGAAGUACACCAAAACCAAAAAAAAGAUAA